AUGUUGGUCUCAACUGUCCUUCUAAUCUUAUGGAUUUCUACUGUGGGGGGACAAGAAAAGAAAUACAAGCCAUUUUUCCCACUUCCUAUUGGGAAUUCUUUCUAUUAUUCCUGUGAAUAUAAUUUUAUGUCUCCUUCAAAAUCCUUUUGGACUCGCAUAACAUGCACAGAGGGAGGAUGGUCACCGACACCAAAGUGUCUCAGACUGUGUUUCUUUCCUUUUGUGGAAAACGGUCGUUCUACAUCUUCAGGACAAACACACCUGGAAGGCGACACUGUUCAAAUUGCCUGUGAUAAAGGCUACAGCCUCCCAAAUAAUCAGAGCAUCAUUGCAUGUGCAGAAGGUGGCUGGUCCUCCCCUCCUGAAUGCAUAUCCACCAAAAAAUGUUUAAAAACUGAUAUUGUAGUUGGCAAUGGGUUUUUGUCUGAAUCAGAAUAUGCUUAUCCCAUAAAUAGAGAAACACAAUAUAAAUGUAAACCAGGAUAUGCAACAGCAGAUGGAAAAACGUCAGGGACAGUUCAGUGUUUGCAAGGUGGAUGGUCAAUUCAACCAAUUUGUAUUAAGUCCUGUGAUAGGCCGGUAUUCGUGAAUGCCAGAAGCAAAGGUAAGGACACGUGGUUUAAGCUCAACGACAGGCUGGACUACGAAUGCCACGAGGGCUAUGAGAACCGGGAUGGACGCACCACAGGUUCCACAGUGUGUGGUGAAGACGGCUGGUCCCAUUUGCCCACAUGCCAUGAAAUAGAAUGUCAUCUUCCAUUUUUGGAAGCAAAUGUAGAUGCUCAUCCAAAACAAGAAAAAUACAAAGUUGGAGACGUGUUGAAAUUCUCCUGCAGACAAAGACUUAGAAGAGUUGGGCCGGAUUCAGUUCAAUGUUACCAAUUUGGGUGGUCACCUAAUUUUCCAACAUGCAAAGGGCAAGUACAGUCAUGUGGUCAACCUCCUCAACUCCCCAAUGGGAAAAUCAAGGGCAUAAAACAAGAAAAGUAUGAACACGGUGAAAUGGUGGAAUAUAAUUGCAAUCCUAAUUUUCUAAUGAAGGGACCUAAGAAAAUACAAUGUAUGGAUGGAGAAUGGACAACUUUGCCCACCUGUGUUGAACCAGGGAAAACAUGUGGAUUUAUACCUGAACUUGAGAAUGGCUUUGGCCAGCCCUCUGUCCCUCCCUAUCGACAUGGAGUUUCAGUGGUGUUGAAUUGCAGAAAUACAUAUACAGUGAUUGGAAAUAAUACAAUUACUUGUAUUGGUGGAAUGUGGACUGAGCUUCCUAAGUGUGUUGCAACAAACCAACUUAAGAGGUGUGAAAAACCAAGGCUUUAUGCAAGAGGACUAUUAAGUUCAUAUAGGCAUGAAUUUAAUCAUAAUGCCAAAAUAAAUUACAAAUGUACUGGGAAGGAUACAUACGUACAAACAGUCUGCAUCAACGGGAAAUGGGACCCUGAACCAGACUGCAUAGGAAAAAAGAAACAACUCUGCCCACCUCCACCUCAGAUACCUAAUGCUCAUAAUAUGCUAACCACAGUGAAUUAUCAGGAAGGAGAGAAGGUAGCUGUUCUCUGUAAAGAAAACUAUGUACUUCAUGAAGCAAAAGAACUUGUGUGUAAAAGUGGACUAUGGCAGUCAUUACCACGCUGUACCGAGUCCACACAAUACUGUGGGUCCCCUCCACCUAUUAACAAUGGAGACAUCACCUCCUUCUCCUUAUCAGUAUACCCUCCAGGAUCGACAGUUGAGUACCGUUGCCAGUCUUUCUAUGAGCUUCGGGGCUCCCCGAAUGUGACGUGCAGAAACGGACAGUGGUCAGAACCACCCAUGUGCAUAGAUGCAUGUGUCAUAUCUGAAGAUAACAUGAACAAAAAUAACAUACAGUUAAAAUGGAGAAAAACCCAAAAAAUAUAUGCAAGGACAGGCGAUGUCGUUGAAUUUGAAUGUAAACAGCCACAUAAAGCAAGAACAUCUAUACAAUCAUUUCGAGCUGUCUGUCAGGAAGGGAAAUUUCAAUAUCCUACGUGUGAAUGA